CCUUGGGCCAUCGACAUCCAUCGGUGCUCCGCACUGCUGGUCCGAGGAUAUAGCUAGCUGGGUGGAGGCGAGCACGAUAUAAAAGCCGGCAUGAUUUCUCUCUUCUCUUGAGAUCCAUUCUCGAUUGCAUUCUCACUUACAUUCCCAAUUGCAUCUCAGUUUGAAUCGAUCAAAAUGCUCACCAAAUCGCUCCUUGCCACUCUUCUGGCCGUCUCUGUGGCCACUGCCUCCCCCAUCACUAAGCGGGAUGCAUCAACAGUCUUGUCCGACUUGAAGACCAUUCUCUCCGACGUGGAGACGCUGGAAUCCGUCGUCUCCACCUGGGAUGGCUCUCUUUUGACCGCUCUGACCAUCCUGACCGACUACAACAACCUCAAGAGCGCCUUGGACACGGCCAUUACCGACACCGCGGCCACCUCGGCCCUGAGUGACUCUGACAGCAGCAGCAUCACCAGUGAAGUGCAGACGCUGGGAACUACCAUUGUUGCCACUCUGGACACCAUUAUUGACAAGGAAUCCGUUGCCGCGUCCGCCGGUGUCACGAGCACCCUCCUCUCCUCCAUUGAGACGCUCGAGACCGACACCAACACCCUGGGUGCCGAUCUUGAGGCCAUCGCUACCUCGACCGAUGCGGAGACCAUUGCCUCGGUCUUGUCCGAGGUGGAUGCGGCUUUCUCGAGUGCUGUGGCGGCGUAUUCUUGA